AUGUUCGCCCGACCAGCUCUCAGAGCGCAUCUCCCUGCCUCAAUCUCUCCAUAUCCAAAUGUCACCCGUCGUCUAUUCUCUCAAACCUCCCCAGUAACCUCCGGCGGCCAAAAUGUUGCGCAUUCGGCGAUAAAACCGAUCGAUGCGCGAUGGCUCACCAUGACCAAACGGAGGAUUGGGAAAUGUUUGAUGUUUGGGAUGAAUCCAGCUCAGAUUGAAGAGGGGGGAAAGAUUUUGCAGCAAUUGGCUGGGGAAUGGCGAGAAUUGAUCGCUGGAAGCGAGGGAUUCCUCACGGAUAAGAACCGGCGCGCUCUGUUUCGUCACGUCAACAACGUUACCUAUGUCCGAUAUGCCGAAACGGCUCGAGUCAACUGGACACGCAAGAUCGGGACACACAUUGAUCCCGCAAACAAAAAAGAAUGGACCAACAUGGUUAGCUCCAAGGGAAUCGGACUGAUUCUAAAGAGUAUCAAAGUGGACUAUAAAUUUGUACAGUAUCCUAAGGACCUGAACCCGCAUCCUAUGGAAUCCCCCGACAAAGUCACUGUCUACCACAAGUUGAUUGAAGACUCGUCUGGGCAUCUAUCAUCCCAAUCAGUCUUCCGGUUUGAACUCAUGAUCCUUUCUGAAGCCCACCAACGCCCUGCUGCUCGUUGCUUCGAGGAUAUUGUGAUCUAUGACUACCCGAAGAACCGCAAGGCCACUGAAUUCCCACCAUUUGUCAAGGAGCAGUUCGAGAUUAUCUGGAAACUGCAAGAGCAGGAAAAGAAGGACUGGAUUCAGCGAAUUGCAGAUAUUGAAAACCGAGUCCGUACUCUUGAGCUUGAGAGCUGGGAUGCGGCCGAUGCUGUCGAGGACCACGGAUCUGCGUCGCAGUAA